GGGAGGCAGGGGACAGAGGAGCGAGGAAAGCAGCUCUGCUGCGCAGGGCAGACGUGACAGGCAUGCGCUCAGGCUGCUGGGCCCUCCUGGCCAGGUCACUCUGCUAUGGCAUGUGCUGAUGACAAUAACGAGCGCUGGUCCCGAGCAAGGCUGGCUGCCUCCUGCCACGCACCAGCAGCCACUGGAGGCGGGGGGGAGAGGGAGCCCUUGGCAGGGGUGGCAGAGCUCCUGCCCUGCUGCCACGCAAGCGUUAAAUGCACCAUGUGAUGACCAGGGCAGGAUGGGUCUUGCUUAGCUUGUCACCAAAGUCAUUCAGGUUUUCAUACAGCCAGUGCAGUUUCAUGCUUUAGUGGAAGUAUUCCGUUUGGUGUAAUGAUUAAUCCUGGCAAGUGAGACCUGUCGCACAAUCCAGGCUUUCUCCUCCUCCUUGCAGGAGCUCCAGGUGCGUCACUUGGGCAGAAUCUUUGCUGCCUUCCACCGUCAUUCCUUGCUGAGACGACGGCCGGGCAGACGUACCCGCUUUAGAGAGGGCUGAGAGACAGGGACUGGAGGGAAGGCUGAGCAGCGAAGCCAAUCUGCCCUGGUCAGACAAUGGAAACGGGGAGUGCAGCGAGGACAAACGGUACCGCUGGGAAGCCAGAGGACGUGAAGAGUCCAUCUGCCCCCAAGAAGGAAGAAGAAGUGAAGAAGACCGCAAACCCUGGUGGAGGCGAGAAGGAAGCUAUGAAAGGCACUGGCAGUGCUUCUUUGGAGACAGGGCAAAUCAAGAGCUCCCUCUUCUCUGGCAGUGACUGGAAGAGGCCCAUCAUCCAGUUUGUGGAGUCUUCCGAUGAGAAGAGAUCGACCUACUUCAGCAUGGAUUCGGCAGAUUCAAAGAAGAUGCAAUAUGCCAGUGGACAGAUAGGAGACAUGAGGAGACCGCCCCUCUCCUUUGCAGAGAAAGGUGAUCUCAGGAAGCCCCUCUUCUCCUUGGAUUCCAAAAAGAGCUUCCUGCCCAGUGAAGGGGAAGGAAGGAAGUCAUUGUUCUCUGGGGGGCAGAUGGGGGACCUGAAGAAAACUUCCCUCCCUCUGGUGGAGACGGGGGACCUGAGAAGACCCACCUUCAACAAGCCUGACAGAGCAGCUGGGUCACGGCCCAGGGUGAAGCUCGAGGAUGUUCUGUGUGAUUCCUGCAUCGAUAACAAGCAAAAGGCCGUGAAGUCCUGCCUGGUGUGCCAGGCUUCCUUCUGUGAGCUGCACCUCAAGCCCCACCUGGAGGGAGCAGCCUUCCGGGACCACCAGCUCCUGGACCCCAUCAGGGACUUUGAAGCAAGAAAGUGCCCUGUGCAUGGGAAGACCAUGGAGCUGUUCUGUCAGACAGACCAGAUGUGCAUCUGCUACCUCUGCAUGUUCCAAGAGCACAAGAACCACAGCACAGUGACAGUGGAGAUCGAGAAAGCGGGGAAAGAGGCUGAGCUUUCACUGCAGAAAGAGCAACUGCAGCUGAAGAUCAUUGAGGUAGAAGAUGAAAUGGAUAAGUGGCAGAAGGAGAGGGACCGUAUCAAGAACUACACCACCAACGAGAAAGCCACAGUGGACCAGCAUUUCAAAGAGCUGAUCCGUGACCUGGAGAGGCAGAGGGAUGAAGUGAAGGCUGCCCUGGACCAGAGGGAAAAGAUUGCUUCAGAGAACGUGAAAGAAAUUGUGGAUGAGCUGGAAGAGAGGGCAAAGCUUCUGCGGGAGGACAAGGAGAACAGGGAGCAGAUCCACCAGAUCAGUGACUCCGUGCUCUUCCUGCAGGAGUUUGGGGCUUUGAUGCGGAAUUAUGUCCCCCCUCCAUCUCUCCCAACAUACAGUGUGCUGCUUGAAGGGGAGAGCAUGAGCCCAUCUAUGGGACUCCUCAGAGAUGACCUCCUAAACGUCUGCAUGAGGCAUGUGGAGAAGAUCUGCAAGGCAGACCUUGGCCGCAACUUCAUAGAGAGGAACCACAUGGAGAAUGGUGACCAUCGGUACAUGAUGAACAACUAUGAGUGGAACCAGCCUGACAACUUGAAGAGAUUUUCCAUGUUCCUGUCUCCCAAAGCCAAUUUCAACCCACGAUCAUGGGAAUUUUCCUCCUUCCAAGCGACUGAGGAAACACUUGUAGGCAAUGGCACUAAGCUGCCUUUUCAGUUCUCCUCGGUGGGACAGAAUCCGCCUGGUGACUUCAGCAAACAGUCUGACGGGAGCCUCUUCACUAAGACCGCUUACCCUUCAAUAGUGAGACACCAGUCUGCAAAGGUGACGCCACAGACAUGGAAAUCCUCUAAGCAGUCCGUAUUGUCACAUUACCGCCCCUUUUACGUCAACAAAGGCAAUGGAGCCACUUCCAACGAGGCACCUUGAUUCCUGAAGAUUUAGGGAAGAGCUGGCAGCACUUGGAGUGAAGACUCAGCUGUGGAUUUUCAUGGAUGUACCUGCUACUAUAUUAACCUUACUGCUCUAAUCUCUGCCAGGGAGAGGGAAGGUGCAGAAGGGAAUAGCCUUUACUAGAGGAAACAAGGACUUUUUCCAAAUCACCUAAUCAACUUGAAAGCUCCGCAGGCCUUAACAACGUAACCCCAUCCUCUGCUGUGACCUCCUUAUUCCCUCUCUGCUGAUGCCCUUCCCUUUGCUUCUGCAGAGCAAGCUGCUCUGCUUCUCCCGGGAAGCAUGGACGCUUGGGUAGCACCCCCCGCUCUGCUCUUCCAGCUGCCCCCUCAUCCUGAGUGUGUGUGUAUGACCAUAGCUGUUAAGUCCUGGGGAAGGUCCCAAGCUGGGGGGGGAAGGGGGGCAAAGGUUUUCCUGGAACGGAGAGGUCCCAGCCAGCCACGGGGAGCAGUGACAGGCUAAAGCUCUUCCCAUGCCUCUCUACCCUGUCACCCAGCCCUGCCUUGGAUAGGGACACCAGCUCUCCCCGGGAUGGCAGCCCGUGCCAGCAGCAGCACGCUUCCCGGGGUCCUUCGUCAGCUCAGCUCUGCUCCUGCUGCCUCCCCAAAGCCACCCGGCAGGACUGUUCAGAGCUGCUGCAGCCCAGGGGCAGCUGCUGGGGGAGGGCAGAGAGGCUUUCUAUCCCACUGAAGUACCCCUCCAGCCACCUUUUCGAAUUAAGAAAUAAAAAGAAAAUCCACCCUACUAAUGUAAGAUUGAUUAGAUGCCAUAAGUGUUGGGGGCCUUUUUGUUUUCUGGUGGGUUUUUUAAUUCCCCUAAACCAAAAUUGAUUUAUAUAUUGUGGUUCAGGUAUUUUUUUCUGCAAUGGGCAAUGAAAAUCAGUACCAUAGCUUUUUGCUCAGGAUAAUAUUUUUUUGUUUGUCCCCUGGCUAGACGAAUCAUGUCAGCUCCCAGCCUGCAAACCAGCCAGGGCUGGUUAACCUUUCCGGGAUCUCGCUGAGAUUAUUUUCCUUCCCCUUGGACAAAGUUAGGUCCACGCUAUGCAGAAACCUCCCCAGGCCAGUGGAUGGGAGCAGAUGGCCCACUGCAGAACCAGAGCCCUCAAACGGCGAUAAGCAGCUGCCGGAGAACCAACACCUGACAGCUGCUCUUCAUGGCUUCCCCCCGCCCCCCUUCCCUACCCUCACAUGCUUGCCAUGCCUUGCUGAGAGGGGUCACACCUAUCACUCCCUGAAGAUUACUGUUUUGCUAAUCCCUGUGCAAAGGUACUCGCUGCUUUUUAAUCCGACACCUCAGACAAAACUUCCAAGGCUGAAAGGUGUUUGCUCCAGAAUACUUGAAAUGGCAUUUAUUUUAUAAUUAUUUUUUUUUUUCCUUGAUGACCGGGGGGGAAGGGGACAGAGUAGUAGGGAAGGAUGUGAAGAAAGGGAAACUAGGGUAGAGUUGCUAGGAAAUAGACUGAGGGGUUUGAGUAUGUGUGUGAAAGGAUAAAAUAAGUCCCCUCCGAUGUCUCACUGUUUGUUUUGCCCCUGAGCAGGCGUCCAGCAAUAACUUGGGUCCCUUAUGUCCCAGUAAAAGCUUUCACCGCCUCCUCUCCAUUUUCCAAAAUGUGGGCAUGAUCCCUCCUCCUCCUCCAAAACUUGGAUAUUAAACCCCCUGCUUCUUUCCUGCCCUAAAGAAGGCCUGUGGGGUGUCAGGGGGUCUGCAGCCCCUCGCCCAGCACACCAAUGACCAGCCUGAGGGAGCAACAUCCCCUUUCUCCCAGUGCCCACCCCACCCCCCCACAGCUCUGCCCUGCCCCACCUCCGCAGCCCCACAGCUGUUUGCUCCCCUUCCUCGCCUCACUUUAAGGGCCUCACUCAGACCUUGCUCACACAGCUUUUCACGCUCCGGCACCAGGACCGGAGCUGUUCCCCAUCUGCGUUAGCCUGGAGGAUGCCGGGUGUCCCCUCCCAGCCCCCUGGUCCCCCUGCAGCCCUCUGCCCUGCCGGAGGCCAGCGGGUCGGGGCACAGCUCGCAGUCCUGGGGGGCUAGCAGCGCGGCGUCGAGGUGUAUUUUGCAUGAACUCUUUUUAUCGUGUUUGUCUUGAUCAGCAAAGCAAGAGGAAUUCCACCUCCUCAGACAGGACACGACUGCGCUGAUGUAAAUGAGGCCCUUCACGUGUGCAACAUACUGCAGAAAUAAAGGAGAAAGCUCCAUGUCUGACCAAAAACACUGGGAGCGAGGUCUGUCUUUGCUGUCUGUAUGGUUGUAAGAGCCUCAGUGAGGUUAAGUCUCUUCAAAAUAUCCUUGAUGCAAGCAAGGGGUUUGGAGAACCCUUUUCCCCAGCUCCCAGAAGCUUUCUUUUCACUGCUUUCUAGACAUUUUCAGUCAAGGUUGUGCCAACCCAGAGAGAAUUCCCACACCCUUGAAGGUCAAAGCCAGGCUGAUGGAUGCAAUUCUAGUGUAAUACCCUGAGACUACCCUGCAGAUACGCCCAGCUAGGUCAGCCCACAAACACCGGUGCCACACAGAUCCUGCCCUGGAAGGGCAUUCCUAGAAACCCCUCAGCCUGUGGUUGAUCAUGAUUUCGGUGCCUCUGCCCUGCCAGAGUUUAACUCGCCAGUUCCCACUGGGGGAAAGUGCUUGCUCACGUAUGUGCUGGGCAAAAUCAGCCUGGGCGAGUUCAGGCUGCAGCCCUGACCUGGUCUCCCCAGGAGGCUGGUUCUGGGCACC